AUGAAACGUACCAGCAUCACCAGCAGCGACAGCAGCAGCAGCGGCAAGCGCCUCCAUGGAGAUGAAGGUCAAUUACUUGAAUUCAUCCCUCGCAUGUUGGCUGAGCUAGCCCAUCAGCUAGAGGUCGAGAGGGCUGGAGCACAGUGCGAAUAUGAUUCUAUGCAUAGGGAGGGAGUCGCCGAGGGUGUCAUGCAAGCAGAGCAAGAUUUGGUCCGCGGCGGGUUCCAGCCGCGCCUUCCGACUUCGCUGCCGCCCCCAAGGCAGCAGCAGCAGCUGUCGCCGAUACCACGCCGACAGCCCGUCCCGUUGAUGCCUCCCGCGCAGCUUCAUACGGGAGCGCCCCGGGUGGUCGCUCCGGCGCCUGCGGUCCCUCUUCAGUCGCCACCGCCUUCGGAGCUGAUGGACGUCGACCCCUCAGCCGGGCCGCCUUCCCAAGCGGUGGCUGUGCAGCCUGUACUGCAGCCGCUUUCCUUGGGCACCCCCAAGGAGUCUGACACCGCAGCGCCUUGUCCGGCGCCCACUCAGCAGCCGUCGACGCAGCGUCAGGAGACGCUGCCUCUCUUCGUGGGUCCCGACGCCCCGUCGCGUCCAGUACCAGAAGCUGCGCCCGUGGUCACAGGCGUGCACCCUGAGCUCGGUUUUCAGUCGGUGUUUCCCGAGGCCCCGCGCAGCCAAUGCUGGGGUGCGGACCGGGGACUGCCACCGACAACAGUCUCCGCCCCGGAGUGUAUAUUGGAUACUUUUGACCGGAGACCAGAUGAGGUUAUACAGAAGUAG